UUGCGUUACUGUGCUCAUUCUUAAAGCUCUUUGCCUUUCCUCUUUCAGUACGUGUGGUAAGGACCUGCAAAGGCAAUGUUCUAGAGACUCCGAUUCAGGAGAAGAAGAAUGCCACGUCUGUAAAAUCGAUGGCAGGACAUAUAAAAUUCAUGAACAAAUACCUAGUCAUCAGAAAUGUAUGAGAUGUCAGUGUGGUGAAGACCUGAACAAGUAUUGCUUUAAAGACUUAGAUUCAAGAGAAUGUCAACCACCAUACUGCCAAUUGAAUGGCAUAACCUACAGAGUCCAUGAGCCAAUGCCUAGUGAUAGCAAAUGUUUCAAAUGUGUGUGCGGUCAGGACUUCCAAAAGCAGUGUUCUAAAGACUCACAUUCUAAGGAAGCAGAUUGUAUACCAGAGACCCACUGCACCAUCGGCGGGAUAAAAUACAAAGUUCAUGAGCCAGUCCCUAGUAAUAAGAAAUGUUUAAGAUGUACGUGUGGUAAGGACCUGCAAAGGCAAUGUUCUAGAGACUCCGAUUCAGGAGAAGAAGAAUGCCACGUCUGUAAAAUCGAUGGCAGGACAUAUAAAAUUCAUGAACAAAUACCUAGUCAUCAGAAAUGUAUGAGAUGUCAGUGUGGUGAAGACCUGAACAAGUAUUGCUUUAAAGACUUAGAUUCAAGAGAAUGUCAACCACCAUACUGCCAAUUGAAUGGCAUAACCUACAGAGUCCAUGAGCCAAUGCCUAGUGAUAGCAAAUGUUUCAAAUGUGUGUGCGGUCAGGACUUCCAAAAGCAGUGUUCUAAAGACUCACAUUCUAAGGAAGCAGAUUGUAUACCAGAGACCCACUGCACCAUCGGCGGGAUAAAAUACAAAGUUCAUGAGCCAGUCCCUAGUAAUAAGAAAUGUUUAAGAUGUACGUGUGGUAAGGACCUGCAAAGGCAAUGUUCUAGAGACUCCGAUUCAGGAGAAGAAGAAUGCCACGUCUGUAAAAUCGAUGGCAGGACAUAUAAAAUUCAUGAACAAAUACCUAGUCAUCAGAAAUGUAUGAGAUGUCAGUGUGGUGAAGACCUGAACAAGUAUUGCUUUAAAGACUUAGAUUCAAGAGAAUGUCAACCACCAUACUGCCAAUUGAAUGGCAUAACCUACAGAGUCCAUGAGCCAAUGCCUAGUGAUAGCAAAUGUUUCAAAUGUGUGUGCGGUCAGGACUUCCAAAAGCAGUGUUCUAAAGACUCACAUUCUAAGGAAGCAGAUUGUAUACCAGAGACCCACUGCACCAUCGGCGGGAUAAAAUACAAAGUUCAUGAGCCAGUCCCUAGUAAUAAGAAAUGUUUAAGAUGUACGUGUGGUAAGGACCUGCAAAGGCAAUGUUCUAGAGACUCCGAUUCAGGAGAAGAAGAAUGCCACGUCUGUAAAAUCGAUGGCAGGACAUAUAAAAUUCAUGAACAAAUACCUAGUCAUCAGAAAUGUAUGAGAUGUGAAUGUGGUGAAGAUCUUCAAAAGUAUUGCUCUAUAGACUCAGAUUCAACAGAAGAAGAAUGCAACUUCUGCCAAAUCAAUGGCAAAACCUAUAAAAUUCAUGAACAAAUACCUAGUGAUAACAAAUGUAUGAGAUGUGAGUGUGGUGCUGACCUACAGAAGCUUUGUACAACAAACCCAGCAUGCUGCAUCAUGGGUACUACAAGCCCACCAAUACCAACAAAUACCAUCAUUUCUACAUACACCUCACCAGAACUCUGUGUUCAUAGUAAAUGUCAAAAUGGAACUGUAAUUACAACUGCCACUCGUUGUUUAACUGAAACUACAACUCCUCCUCCACCAGCAACAUCUGUGACAACCACUUCAACCACAACACACACCACAAGAUGUUCCUGUUAUCAUAAUGGAAAAGUAUAUAUAUCAGGUCAGGAAAUAACAAGUAGUCACAUCAGUGAAAGUGAUGGAAAAUGUAACAGUUUUAUAUGCGACAGCAGUUGUGUGAAAAGAACAAUUAAGAAACAGUGUACAACAACUACACCACCAACAAAAACAACCACAACACACACCACAAAAUGUGCCUGUCGGCAUAAUGGAAAAGCGUAUUUACCAGGUCAGGAAAUAACAAGAAGUGACAGUAGUGAAAGUGAUGGAAAAUGUUACAGCUAUGUGUGUGACAGUAGUUGUGUGAAAACAAACCGUCAUGAGAGAAACUGUACAAAAACUAAACCAACAACUACAACCCGUUCAUCCACAACACACACCACAAAAUGUGCUUGUUAUUUUAAUGGAAAAGUCUAUCUACCAGGUCAGGAAAUCAUAAGCAGUCACAGCAGUGAAAGUGAUGGAAAAUGUUACAGCUAUGUGUGUAGCAGCAGCUGUAUAAAAACAACCCAACAUGAGAGAAACUGCACUAGAAUUAAACAUCCAACAACAUCUGUGACAAAAACCCAUUCAACCUCAACACAUACCACAAAAUGUUCCUGUUAUCAUAAUGGAAAAGUAUACACAUCAGGUGAGGAAGUAACAAGAAGUACAAUUCAUGGAAAAUGCUUCAAAGUUAUAUGUGAUGGCAGUUGUGAGGAAAUGCCUGCAAAAGAGAUAUCUUGUUCAACAACAACAAGUACUACAAUGAAAAAAACCACCGUUACUACUGUCAGUACAACUACUCCUUGUGUGCCCAAUACAAACUGGCAGAUUGCUAAUUGCACUACAGCUGUAUGCAAUGCACAUGGUCAACUACAGAUUGUUCAGAAAAGUUGCAUCCCUCCCCCAGAGAUCACCUGUGCCAAUAAAAUGAAGCCAAUUGCUGUGACUGAUGAUGACUCAUGUUGCUGGCAUUGGGAGUGUCCUUGUAUGUGUGGUGGUUGGGGAGAUUCACACUAUCUUACCUUUGAUGGAACCUAUUAUACAUAUCAACGAAACUGUUCCUAUGUUCUUGUGGAGGAAAUUGUUAAAACUGUCGAUAACUUUGGUAUUUACCUGGACAAUUAUGGCUGUGGAGAUAAAACUGGUGUUACCUGCCCACGCAAACUUACUAUACGACAUGAAACUCAAGAAAUUACAAUUUCACCCAAAACAGUGACUCCUAUAACCUUAGAGGCUCAUGUAAAUGAAAAUCUUGUAUUGCUUCCGUAUACAAAACUUGGAGUAAAUAUUUACAAAUCUGGAGUAUAUUUAGUAGUUGAAAUACCAGAGAUGAAGACCAUUGUCACUUAUAAUGGUUUGACCUUCACAAUAAAGAUGCCAUAUGGAAAGUUUAAUAGAAACACACAUGGCCAUUGUGGAACUUGCACCAACAACCAAGCUGAUGAUUGUAUGAUGGCUAAUGGUACAAUCACAACUAACUGUGUAGCUAUGGCUAAUUCUUUUAUGGUGAAUGACCCAGUCAAGCCUCAGUGCAUUCCUCCAGUACCUCCUACAAUUCCUCCAAUUUGCAAAUCUUCUCUCUGUGAUCUCAUCAUGGGACCAGUUUUCCAAAAAUGCCAUGCAUUCCAACCACCAGAACCUUUCUACAAAGCCUGCCUUUACGACAGCUGCAGUGUGGACACGUCAAACAUUAAAUGUACAAGUUUACAGCAUUAUGCUUCAGUAUGUGGUGAUCAUGGUGUCUGCAUUCAGUGGAGGAACAAGACCCAAGAGUGUCCAAUUACUUGUCCUGCUAACAGAGUGUAUAAUGCAUGUGGCCCGGUUAUCCCCACAACCUGCCAAACUAGGCAAACAGAUGUGAUAGAACUGAAAAAUGACAGACGUGUUGUGGAAGGAUGCUUCUGUGCCAAAGGUAGCAUGCCAUUUAGCAUGGCGAUCGAUUCCUGCGUAAGCGACUGUGGGUGUAUUGGGCCAGACAACAUACCUCGCAAGUAUGGAGAAACCUUUGAGUUCAACUGUGAGACCUGCAAGUGUUUGGAGGGUGGUCGUGGAAUAACCUGCCAAAGACAACAAUGCCAUCAUGUAAGAAAUGAAGAGUGUACUCGGGAAGGUUUCUACAAAGUCACCCAAAUCAGUGCUACAAACAAGUGUUGCGAAGAAACUGUAUGCAGAUGUGACCCAAGUCGAUGUCAAAAUACCUUGCCUAAAUGUAGACCUGGAUUUGAACUUAAGGGAGGCAUCAAAGAAGGGCAUUGUUGCCAUACUUAUUCUUGUGAAAUAAAACAUGUUUGUGUUAGAGGAAAUGCAGAAUACUUGCCUGGAUCUCAUGUUUACUCAGAGAAAUGUGAGAGCUGCAUCUGUGAAAAACAAGAAAACAAUUUCACAAUUGCCUGCAGCCCUAUUGUCUGCGACAUACACUGCCCAGCUGGUUUUAAGGUGAAGAAAAAUUCCCCAUCCGACUGCUGUGGUUCCUGUCAGCCAACCAACUGUGUUGUAAAAUAUGAUGGCUCCAACCGGCUUAUGAAUCCUGGAGAUGUGCUGCCCUCCAUGAAUGAUAACUGCACAAUGUACAAAUGCUCAUUGAUCAAUGAUCAGUUCAUCACCACUGUCUCCCAGAUCUCGUGCCCCUUAUUAAAUGAAGAAGAUUGUGAGCCUGGAAGUACUCAUCUCUCACCCAAUGGAUGCUGUAAAACAUGUAUCCAUAAGAAUGCUUCCUGCAAGGUACAGGCAUUUGAUGAUUUCUUGACCUACCGAGGAUGCAUGUCUACAACAAGGGUCAGAAUGUCUCGCUGUGAAGGAUCCUGCAGAACAUCUUCAAUGUACUCUGCUCAUGCAAAGACUAUGUCUCAUAAAUGUUCUUGUUGCCAAGAGGUUCAGACUACUACAAAUAAAGUCAAGCUGCAGUGCCCUGAUGGAACAUCACUUGAUCAUAGCUACAUUGAUGUUCAGGAGUGCCAGUGUACAGGCACCAAGUGUCAAGAUGGAAACAUAUAGUCUAAACAUUUUAAC